UGGGCCAAACCUUCCUAAAUAUUUAAAAGUAAACAAGUAACAAUAUAUAAGUGUAAGCUGUGACAGCUGAAAUUAAUAGGUGUGAAGUUUUUCAAAAUACCUGGAACUGGUGCUACCUUCUCUUCUGUCGUGUCUUCCACAAGAAAAAGAUUUUGGAGGUGUUUAGUUAAAUUGUCCGAUUCUGCAACAUGGAGAAUAUAAACAGCUAUUGGCAAUUUGGGGAUGAGCUUCGAGGACAAUCAAAAGUAUCGGAAGAGCAUACAUGGACAACGGCUGCUAUAAAAUUGGCUGAGCAGAUAAGGUCCAAGGGAGAGCGGAGGAGUAACCUUGACCUUUCAAAAGGCUCAGCUGAAAUUAGGUCCAGGGAUUAUCUUGGUUUACAGGAAGAUAACAAGUGGGAAAACCUAAACUUCAACAUGUUGAAUUUUGAUACCAAGUUAACUGAGAAUAUGACCAAGAGUUCCAUCAGGAAUGGCAUUUACAACAUGAAUUCUGUUUGUCUGAAACCCAAUGUCAACAGCUUGGGGAAUAUGUCAUUUAGCAAGUUCAGUAGCAACCACACGAAUGAACCUUGCAACUAUGGCAAUAACAACAACACUGAGGGCAUCAAUGGGAAUAAUGCUGCUGACAAAAGGUUUAAGACUUUGCCUGCUGCUGAGACACUGCCCAGGAAUGAGGUUCUUGGUGGGUAUAUAUUUGUUUGCAACAAUGAUACGAUGCAGGAAGACUUAAAACGCCAGCUGUUUGGUCUACCUCCAAGGUACAAAGAUUCUGUGAGGGCAAUAACACCAGGGUUACCAUUGUUUCUCUACAAUUACACUACUCACCAGUUGCAUGGUAUCUUCGAGGCGGCAAGUUUUGGAGGUUCUAACAUUGAUCCAACUGCUUGGGAAGAUAAAAAGUGUAAAGGAGAGUCGAGGUUCCCUGCUCAGGUGAGGAUCCGUGUUAGGAAACUUGGUAAGCCUUUGGAGGAAGAUGCUUUUAGACCAGUUUUGCAUCACUAUGAUGGACCCAAAUUCCGUCUUGAGCUCUCUGUGCCCGAGUUUCAACCAAAAUCUUAUGCAGCGACUGUGGCUUGGAGAAGAAUGGAGAAUGAUCACUGCCUUUGAUCGUGAAAACUCCUUGAAGAGGGUUUACCCUCACAAGGUUUUCUUGGACAUCUGAUGAAAGAGCAUUAUUCAUCAUUGAUAAAAGCUUACUUUUGAUUCUUUCCUUCGUUCUACUCUAAAAAAAAAAUUGAAUUAUAGAGAAAAAAAUUGCGGUUGGUGAGAUUUUUUUCGGUGAAAUUAAGAUUGAUUAUAUUGAGAUCUGAUCGGAUAUGCUCACUUUCGUAUAUUUUUCAGUUUAUUUGUGUGAAAUUUGGAGUUUUAUGAGAGGUUUUUUGAAUUUAUAUAGUUGAAAAAAAUUAAAUUUUGAAUGAAAAUUAGAGUUGAGUUUUGAU